AUUUCCAGCAGUGUUGGCUCUUCUGGAUGGCAGCACUGCCAAGAUUAGGUUCAAAAUACCUGGAUCCCGAAGAAAAGCGACUGCAAAAUUGUUUUAUUUCGGUAUUUAUUUAUAUACGGGGCGAGGCUAGAAAAGGGGGUUCAACACUACACACUAGAGAAGUGGUCAUACCUGCUUCAGUAGCAACCUCAACACCUAGGACUGAAUCUCACCAUCUACAAUGGCAAAGAAUAUUGCCAGCAUGUGAUAUAACAGACUAGAAGGGGUUAAGUCUUCACAGACAUCACAUGUGACUCUUAUUGGACUCUUACCCAGAAACCACUUGGACAUCUUCCCUGUUUUUUUCUCAUCUCUCUCUCAACAAGACAACAAGUGAACGUAUCUCUCCUCUCAAUACCUGAGUCAUACGGUUAGGGUAAAGGUGCAACAGGACACCCUGUAUAACAUUAUUGUAUACAUAUUAUAUAUUGUACAUAAUAAAACAACUUUUUGAACCUGGAGCUGUAUUGACCAAAUAACUUCCUCCUAGAACCAAAUGAGCACGACCCUCAAUAUAUAUCUGACAAAUGGUAGCAGACGAUGAAAAAUUAUUGCUCAGGUCUAUGAAUUUUUUUUUGUAAAUUUUAAAAUCAUAGAACGAUUUUUCCUAACGUGGAAUUCUUGAACCUGAACGAACUAUCUUUACAAGAGAUGGAUGCAUUAACCAUAUCCUUAACAAAACAGCACCAAUCAUUAUCCAAAAGACUAAAAAAACUUUCUAUUGAAGCUAGGCAGCAAGUACAAACCUCUUUACGAAAGGACCCAAUUUUUUUUUUUUCCUCUUCACCCGAACACCGAAAGAACAGACCCACGCUUACAAACAACCUUGCUUCGAUCUCAAUUCUACUCCACCUCAUGACUAUCAUCAAGGACUUGAACCUCCUGAAUCCCUUGUCUGUUCCAACCCUAUAACUUCAGACCAACUUUUUAUUUUCUCAAGCUUCUCCAAAACAGCAUUUAUAUCAAGCUUUACAUGCGACAGGCCUGCUAAAUGCAGGCUGGACUCCUCAAAGGACUCUUGAACUGUUGAACACCCCUUUCAACCUCACCAGACCUGGUAAGCCACAAUUUUUUGCUUCAACCCAUAGAUUCCCAGACUGACCUUUUAAACAACCAUUAUAUUAAAAAUCCUCCCUCCCCACCUAUUGGCUUUAUUGCUUCCAAUAUGGCUUCCACCUUCCCCGAAAGCAUGGCUGACAAAAUGGCCGACAAAAUGGCCGCCCCCCACACUCCACCAUGCGGUCCACAAAAUGGCCGACAAUUUAUAUGACCACAUUUUAAACAAAAUGACGUCUACCACUUCAGACCACAAGGUCUCAACCAACCCCCUUACCCCCAUACAUCCUACUACCCGCCCCACAACUGGAGAUAUUCAGACGGAUUCCCUACCUUCUUCAUCCAGAGCACCGAGUUCGAAUCCUCCCAAUUUUUUUUUUAAAUUUUCAGAACUUUUCUGUUGACCUCCCCAUCUAUACCGCUGCAGCUGCAGCAGCUGCAUAUAUUUCUACUGAUACCAAUAUUGUUUCCAAUGUAAAAAGAUCCUUUUCAGUCUUUGCAGCCACCGCCUCACUCCCCCCCUUAUCGCCGAAGAUGCCGCCGCUACCACUGCCGCUACCACACUCCAACACUACAGAUGCCCCGUCCAAACAACAAAUUCACACGAUUUUUGCAGCUUUUGCAUCAAAAGCCAACCUACCUUCUACAGCAGCCGACGCCGUCGCAGCAGCUCUUCCGAAUCAAACUACAACCACCACCUCCAUUAUUCCUCCUAUCGUUGAAUCAUCUGCAACAUCUUCUCUCACACCAAACGACUCCAAUCAACAAUCUGACGUUCAAUUACCUAUCUCUGCUGACACCCAGCAUCCUGAAAACAACUCGGAAGCAGACAGAACCCCUGGAAGACCUCUCAGCAACCCAAAAAAGUCUCCGUCUCCAGAUAGAAGAACUGAGGGGGACUUUAGCCUGCUUGGACUCUGAGAACAAGAUGUUCCUCAAAGACAAGGAAUGCAUCAAAGAGCAGCAGAAAUCUCUCCGGAACACAAUGGAUUACCUUAAGUCCACCAUAGAACACUUGCAGAUAACUGUGGAGGACAUCAGAGAAAGGUUGGAGCAGGCCAACACAGUGAUCCAAGAUUUAGCGCUGCAGAACAAGUCUUUGGUGAAAGCCAACGAAGACCUCAACCAGGAAAUGCACGCCGUCACCAGCCAGGUGGCCGUCUUCAGAGACGACAAGCCUGCCUAAGAGGAUAACCUCAAGGAGAUGCAGAACCUUCCGUCGGAGGUUCAAAAGUACCUGCGUAACCUGGAGGAUAAACUGGCUAAGAUGGAGCACAGCUACCACGUGGAGAGGAUCCAUUCCAGCCAACUGAAGGAGAAAGUUACAAAUCUUCAGACAGUCAGAGAAAACAGGAGGAAGCGCAUCAAAGACCUGCAGAACCAACAGGACCUCUGCGUGCAGCAGGCCUCCUUGGUGAGGCUGGACCAGGGGCACCCUGAUGCACGAACAAGUGGAGGCCAGGCUGAUGGGGGACACGUCAAAGGAAAGGAAGGUUCUGCAUUGUUUAUGGACAGCAGCCAAAAUUCUGAUGAUGUUCUUGUUUGGCUGCUCUCUAUUCCUUGGCCUUGUCUUGGCGUACACACACUUUUUAAAUCCACUGUUCAUCUCUGACACACUUUUGGUGCUCCUGAGUGACCAGAGCAUUGACAGACUUGUCCACUGUUUCUCCCCUUAUCUCGACUGGAGAAAUGACGCCCUUUUACCGUUUUGACAAGCAAAAGGAAUCCUGCGUUGUAUAUUUGAAGAACCCUCAUAUAUGUAUAUAUAUGUGUGUGUGUGCAUGUGUAUGUAUCUAUUUAUAGUUGUAUAUAUGACUCUGCUUUUUUCUAUUGUUUCAUUUCCUUCUAUUAGCUUUUGCUUAGUUAAAGGAAGUCAAAAAAAUAAUAAUAAUAAUGAAUCCUGCAUGUUUUCCUUGUGCAACUUUCCUAGCAGGGCAGAAAAUAUGCUCAAGAGCAAGUCCUGGCGAGCAAACCUGGUUCUCAUAGGAUCCAUUUAGAACAAAAGCUCUUCUCCCUUUUCGUCCAGUUGAAUGAAGGCACGACGUGCUGCUAGCCCUUGCUCGUUCUCUUCUAGUGUGCUCUGUUGCAUGCUGAAGACUUUGGUUCAUUGUGAAGGAUGUGCCUUAUUUGUUUGUCCCCUGUUUUUUUAAUGUGCCGGCAAUUCCAUAUCUGUCAGACCUGCCCCAACUUAAACUCUUAAAUGGAAAUAAUCCUUGGCUCCAUUUGUUGAGAAGGGUCUAUAGUUUUAUUAGAAAUCAAACCAGUGGUGAAAUCCGGCCGGAUCUAUCUGGCUCACGCAAACUGGUAGCGCCAGCGGUGGGAGGCUCUUCCCAUCCGCCAGGAUGUCAUUGUGUCCCGUUUUUGACCCUCUGCGCAUGCGCAGAAGGCUAUUUGCAUGCGCAGAAGAGAUGUAUGCACGUGCUCCUCUACGCUCCUAAUGUAAUGAAGCGGGCUCUGAUAGAUGACCACUGGAUAACUUUCUAUUUACUCUAUUCUAAAAAGCAAUGCAUCCUGUUGGAAAAAGUACAAACUCAGCCAAAAUCCUUUUGGUUCCUCUAGGAGGCCUCUAAGUUGUCAGAAGAAAGGAACAUUCUAAUGACAUACAGCUUAAAGGUUGGUUAGGUCAAGGGGAUCCACAUGAGUUAAAAGUUGUCUAUCGUCAGAAGAUGAUUUGAAUCUAUGCUUCAGUAAUCUACAAAAAGAAUUAUAACUGUUUUGCAAAGAAACUCUGUAAUUAGGAAAUGUCAAUUAAAAAUGAUAAAUGUAUAUGACCAUAUGAAUUGCUGAGUUAACAGAAUCCUUUGUCUAGAAGGGUAUAAAACCAUUGUACCUAAUUUCUGUCUUUGUUCAACGCUUCAUGUACAGAGCUUUGAACCUAUUGCGCAAUAUAUAAAUUUGUCUCUGAUUAACCCAAAA